CUCUGUGAAGCCUUUCUGCUAUACUUUGUUCAUCUCCCUACUAAAACUUCUAUUGUGUUUUGAUUUGUAUUAGUUUCCUGUGGCUGCUGUGACAAAUUACCCCAGAACGGGUGGCUUAUGGUUCUGGAAGCUGGAAGUCUGACAGCAGCAGCAGUGGGCUGACAGAAAGGUGUCGGCAGGGCCGCACUCGUUCCAGAGGCUCUUGGGGGAAAUCGGGUCCUUGCCUCUUCCCGCUUCUGGUGGCCCUGUGCAUUCCUGGGGCAGUGUCCACAUCACUCCAAUCAUCUCUGGCCCCGUGAUAUCACUGCUGCCUCCUUGUCUGUCUGUGUCAAAUCUUCUCUGCCUCUCUCUCGUAAGGACACUUGUGAUGGCAUUGAGGGCCAACCCUGAUAAACCAGGAUAAUCAUGCCAUCUCAAGAGCCUCAAUUUAACACAGCUCCAAGGCCCUCUUAAACCAUGCAAGGGAACGUUCACGGAUUCCAGGGAUUGGGACCUAAUACCUUUGGCUGCCAUGAAGCAGUUACUACAUAACUGUUUGCAAGUAUGUUGGUCUUUUCACCUUUGCAUGAUGAGGGUCUAUCACAGUGUAAGCACAUAAUCUAUAAUCAAUAACUGAAAUACAUGUAGAGGGGUGCCAGGAUUGGGUACAGGUCCGUUGCCCAUGUUUAUCAGUAUUCCAUCUUUGUUAAGGCUUGAUUUCCCUAGGUCAGAGCUAUUUCUUUCACGUGCUAAUCUGUGGUUGGAAGGAAAGUUUACUCGCGAAUUAAACCAAUUUCUAGGUUAGAGAUAUUAAGCAAUGGGGGCCUUUAUCCUUGUAUCACUUCUGAGCUACAGUGAGGUGACCAAACAACUCCGUUCAAACGCCAUUCCUUUCUAAGCCACGGGGCAGAAGGAAGUGGAAACGAUGGAGGGACCCUGACAGCUGGAAGACGACUUUCACGGAAUGUGAGAAUGUGCAGUGGCAGAGUGACAAGCAUGAGCUGAACUAAGAGUGCUGUCAUCAGUUUGCCAGGCUGGUUUGUUGCCAUUCCUUCACCAUUUAUUUUAAACACGGUUUUCUUCAUAAUUUAAAGCUCCUAAAUUCAUGGCUGUUGCUUCACUGACUGUUUCCCCAUCUCCAAUCACUUGAGUUCAGCACAAAUCACAGGAAUAAGUGAUUCACCCCCAAGAAUAAGUCUGUUCCAGCCACCACGUACCUGGAAAGACCACUCAGUAGCCAUGCUAGUGUUUUUCUCAGCUGUUGAAAACCUUUCUUAAUGAAAGAGGAAAUAAGUACUUGCAAUUAAAAAAAAGUGAACAAGUAGAUUCCUUUGCACAAUUAUUCCUUGUAACUUAUUUACUGUUUGCAAUUGUUUACUUCUAUGUCAUCUUUGCACCUUUGGGCUGGUGAGAGCCCCCAGGAAUCAGAAAGUUAAAAAAACUAUAGAGCCCAAAAAUGUUUCCAAGAUUUGCCUAGGUAGGCCCAUAUUCAGAAACUUCUAAGGUUUGAGAAAUUCCUUUCAUGAACAUAUAUCCAGAUGCAAUAAAACGCAAUAGUCAUCAUCGAUUUAGGUAGCAUGGCUGGCACAAAGCUCAUCUAUCAGAGUGGUCUGGCACCUGUUGGAGAAUUUUUGGUCCGAGUCGACGCCUGUAGCCUGUCCAACAAGAACUACUUCCCUUCUAAAAUCAUCUCGAACAUCACACUCUCUCUAGCUCUGCUCCAGUCACUCUGUCUCUCAUACAGCUUAUACCUAUGGAACUUAGCACAUGAUGUUCCCUCUGCUCAGAAUGUUUGUCCCUCCUACUCUUCUCUUGAUUCAAUUCUAUUCAUCCUUUGGAUUUCGUUCUGGCAUUAUUUCCUGAAAAGCUUUCCCAGACAAGGUUAGAUCCCCUCAGCACUGCCUUAGCACUCGAGACCACUGACAGUUUGUAUUCAUGUGAAUAUGUGAUGAAAUGUCUGCUUCCUCCAGACUGUACCAAGCUCUCUGGGAGCAGGGAAUAAGUCAGUUUUUGUUACCAUGACAUCACCAGCCCUUAUCACAGUCGCUGGAACACAGUAAGCAUGUAAUGAAUAUGUCAAUGUUGAAUGAAUAUGUCGUGGAAAUCUCAUGCUCUCUCUGCCACCACUGGGUUGUUAGGCAAAUUAUUUAACUUCACAGAGCAUCACUUUCCUCAUUAGUAAGAAAAUGCCUCCUCCAGUCCCAAAAUUCUAGGAUAUUUAUGGCUCCUAUCUUGAGCAUACAAGAUUGAUCAGGCUCUAGUUAGACAGCCAACACUCUCUGUUGUCUGCCUGCCGUGUAGCUCCCCACAUGGAGACCAUAUGCCAAGUAAGAAACAGGAAUUACUCUGACAUACCUUUGCCUCUUUCUCUAAUGCCACUACUUCAUUCUGGCUUUCUUCACCUCCCAUUUAAAAUACUGUACAUGUUCCGUUAAAUGCUGGCCCUGUGUUCAGUCCUCUUCCCUGCCAGUCUAUCUGCAAAGCUGCCAGUGGAACUAAAACACUGGACCCCUCUGCUUAAACACUUUCAGCGACUCCCACACAUCUGGUACAAAACUCACCUCUUGAGAGGAUGCCCUUCUAGUGUUCCCAACUCACCUCCUGCCCUCUCCUUCCCACUCAGGACCACUCGGGGGUGGGGAUGGGGGCAACUACAUGCUCUCCUUUCAGGUCCCUCUGUUUGUACAUGCUGUUCUCUGCCUGGAAAACUGUUCUCCUCUCUAACACUUCCAAAGUCCCGUCCAUCCUUUAGGCUGAGCUCAAACAUCACUUGAACAUGUCACCUGCCUUGACCACACCCUCACUCCCCAGGUUGAGCUUGUCACUCGCUGCCUGUAUUCCCACAGAACACUUUGUACAAGCCACCAUAAUAUUCAGUAAGCUGUAUUUGUUCGCAGAGGGAUGUUUGCGGUGAGCGCAUGGGCCUCAAGUUCAGACUGACCUGAGGGUGAAGCCAAUUCUGCAACUUAACUGUGUGGUCUUGGACAUCAUUCAGAGUCUUAGUUGCCUAAUUUUGGAAAGGGGAGACAUAACACCUAACUUAUUGGGUGGCUGUUAUUAUAGAUUAAAUGGAUACUGUGUUUCAUGCACUUAGCUCAAUGCCUGAUCCAUAAUACUCAAUCACUAACGGUAAUUAUUAUUGGAAAGUGAAUGUGUCAAACGCAAAAACCCAGGCCUACCUUUUGUUCAACUCUCUAGCCUGGUGAUUGGCACAUAGUGGGUGCUCUCAGCGAACGCUUCUUAAAUGCAUCAAUGAAAUAGCAUCCCUGAUGUUUCUUUACAGGAAGGAUACAGGCUUACUCAUUUUAGGAAUUUCAUUGAAGUGUCAAAAAUCCUACUGACCUGAUGACAUACUUCAAAUCAUAUGCGUCUUUCCUUUUGCUGAACUAGUCCUGAACUUAACACGGGUAACAUAGUUUGAGAAUCAAGUUAGAGUUUUAAGCGUUCGUGUUUUCUGCUAAAUUCUCUCUUUAGGCUUUUCAUCUCACCUGUAUGCACAUCAAUUUCAGCCUUCACAUAAUCCUACGUGCACACUGAUUAUAUCUUUCUUUCAUAUGAAUCCCAUCAAUAGUGUGCACGUGUACAGGACUUAUGUGCCAAGCACUGUUGUCCUAUGAGCUUUUUUAUCCUCUACAAGACGCAUAACACCUGACUUUUCUAACAUGACCGUGAGUGGUCAAACGCCAGCCACAGCAUGGCAAUGCCCCCAACAAGCGUCUUUAGUUCCUUGAAGGCAAGGUUAUGUCUUGGCUUUUCCUCUGCGUCUCAGCCUGCAGCCUCCGAACCUCAGCGGCCUGUGCAUUUCCUCUUCCGUCCAUGGAAUUAACUCCCGCUAGAGGGGCAGAGGGAAGACUAUGUUCACGCUGAACAAAACUCAGAGGCUCCCUACGAGGUUUAAACUCCUUUCACCUUAGGAAAGCAUCCUGUACUCCUCAGCACAUCCCACUUUCCCGCUGUCAUUUCGCUUCCGUGUUCCCGAGGGACUCCUUCUAGGGUCUCUGACAAGGACACAGGAUCCUAAGGUUGAAAACCAUCUCUGUCCCCUUCGAGUUCCCAAGGACGGGUCAUCCUAUGGGCCAAGGCGACUGUCCAGGGGCGGCCCUGGACCCCGGUCCCCGAGGGCGACCCUGUCCUGCCCCCGGGACGGGGGGCAGCGUCCCGCGCUCCCCGUGGAGACGCGGCGGAGGCGCAGACGUCUCACGUCCUCCUUCCAGGAGCCGCAGGGGCGGCAACGCUCGGUCGCGGCCCCACCGGAAACGGCCCCGAGCGCGUGCGGGGCUGCCGCCGAGGGUCCCGCGCGCGAGGCGGGGCCGCGGGGCCGGUCCCCCUCCCCACGGGGGCGCGCGAGGGCCGGGCGGGGCCGUCGUCCCUUCCGGGGAGCCGUGGCCGCCGCCGCGUCGGCCGGGCGGGCGGCUCCCCACCCCGCCCCCCGCAGCUCUGGGUGACGCUUCUCCAAUAACAGCUCGCGGGGCGCCGCAGCUCCGCGCUCAGCCUGCGCCGGGCGCCCCUCCGAGCCAGCCCGUCCGCCGCGCCGCCACCAUGAGGGCCGAGGGGUACGGCGGCCUGGAGCGCUUCAGCAGCCCGGGCAAGGGCCGGGGGCUGCGGGCCCUGCAGCCCUUCCAGCUGGGGGACCUGCUCUUCUCCUGCCCGGCCUACGCCUGUGUGCUCACGGUCAACGAGCGGGGCAACCACUGCGAGCACUGCUUCGCCAGGAAAGAAGGAUUGUCCAAAUGUGGAAGAUGCAAGCAGGCAUUUUACUGCAAUGUGGAGUGUCAGAAAGAAGAUUGGCCCAUGCACAAGCUGGAAUGUUCUCCCAUGGUUGUUUUUGGGGAAAACUGGAAUCCCUCCGAGACUGUAAGGCUCACUGCAAGGAUUCUGGCCAAACAGAAAAGCCACCCAGAGAGAACACCUUCAGAGAAAUUGUUAGCUGUGACGGAGUUUGAAUCACGUAAGUCUUCCUGGGACCGGCUGAGGAGGUAUUUUAGCUCCUGUUUAAUAUUUCCCAGGGCCUGGUGGCCCAUGUGCCGUUUGCCACCCAGUAAGCCGUGGGGCAUGGCGGAGGUGACCCUCCCCAAGGACAAGACAGGGAAGGUUUUUACCAGCUACAUUGAUCUCCUGUACCCAACGGAAGAUCGGAAUGACCGGUUAAGAGAUUCUUAUUUCUUUACCUGUGAAUGCCAGGAGUGUACCACCAAAGACAAGGUAAGCUCCCUGGUCUGGCAAAGAGCUCNGUGGGAUGUUUCCAAGCUACGUGGGCGGGCCAGUCAUUUCCUUGACUCCAGAGCACCCCCUAGCGAGCUGCUGGAGAUUUGCGAGCUCAGCCAGGAGAAGAUGAGCUCCGUGUUUGAGGACAGCAACGUGUACAUGUUGCACAUGAUGUACCAGGCCAUGGGUGUCUGCUUGUACAUGCAGGACUGGGAGGGAGCCCUGCGCUACGGACAGAAAAUCAUUAAGCCCUACAGUAAGCAUUACCCUUUGUACUCCCUCAACGUGGCCUCCAUGUGGUUGAAGCUAGGAAGACUCUAUAUGGGCCUGGAGAACAAAGCGGCCGGAGAGAAAGCCCUGCGGAAGGUAUGUGUGUGGUGAGGGGUUAGGCUCCCCGCUGCCCGGAUGGCCUCCUCAGCACCCUUCCUUCAUCCCUCAGGAGGCCAAAUGACUGAACUGGUGGCGAAUGACCAGCUCUUGACCCACCUUGUGGCCACAGAAGUGGGAGGAGUGGGGUGGGUUCGG